CAAAAAAAAUAGUUUACAAAAGACAGACAGAUCGCAAAAGCCAUUCCUCAAAUAAAAUAAAACAAAUAGUAAAAAAGACAGCUUUGAGUGAACACCUACAACGUCGUCUUCGUCCCACACAGGAAGUUCAAUUGAAAAUGGUGACCAACCACCAUUAUACUCGAGUCGAUACGUUGGAGCUGAGGGAUCUAAUCUAUAGGAAGAUUGGGCAACAGAGAGCUGAAAAGUACUUUGAUGAGCUUAGUAGAUUUUUCAGUUCAAAGUUGAGCAAGGUUGACUUCGAUAAGUCGUGCAUUCGAACUAUUGGGAGAGAGAAUAUUCACCUACAUAAUCGUCUCCUUCUAUCCAUAGUGAAAAAUGCCUCUUUGGGUAAGGUUCCACCACCAAGGCCUAAAAAAGCUGAAGAAUCUCUCAGCAUUAAAGUUGGGAACGGUUACCAAAGAAGUUGUCUACAAUCGCUCUAUGGUGAUGCAUUUCCCUCAUCACCUCGCAAAACCAGGUCUCCAGUUAGUAGGGACAGAAGGUUGCGGGACCGUCCAAGUCCUCUUGGACCACUUGGGAAAAGUCCUGUUACGUGUGAAGAAGCAGCACCUAGGGUACAAGAACAGCAAAGUGCCACAGAAUUGCAUUCCCUUGGUAGCAGACCUCCAGUUGAAGUUGCAUCUGUAGAAGAUGGGGAAGAAGUCGAACAAUUUGUUGGAAGUCCAGGAAUUCAAAGCAGAAGCCUUGUCACUGCCCCUCUUGGAAUUUCUGUGAAUGUAGGUGGUGCUCGAAAAACUCUCCAUAGUGGAUCUGUGUACAACUUUCGUCUGGAGACUUGUCAAAGCAGUAGAGAAUUGCCUGAGAGUAGAUCGCUAAGAAGCCGUUUGGAGCAGAAGUUAGAGUCGGAGGGGCUUGGCAUAUCAUUGGACUGUGCUAACCUGCUAAAUAAUAGCUUAGAUGCAUUUUUGAAAAGGCUGAUUGAACCUUGCAUAGGACUGGCUGGAUCUCGACAUACAAAUGAACGUGUCAGAUAUCGUAAUGGUCAAAUACUCCCUGGAUGGUAUGGACAAUUUCCUGGAAAUUAUACAAAAAGACAAACAAGAUCCUCAUAUGGUAGGAUGUUGGAUUUCCGAGUGGCAGUGGAGACUAAUCCUCAUAUACUUGGGGGAGAUUGGUCCACUCUACUUGAGAAGGUCUGUGCUUCUGCUUCUGAAUAAACAGCUCUUUGUCAUCAAUCUUAUUACCAGAUGGAUAAGUGGAAAUUUCAGGCUUUUGUGUCUGAUUUGAAUGAUGAGGUUCUUGACAUGAUUUCUGACAGAAUGAAGUAUCUAUGAGAAUUGCCAAUGGAACAAGCAUGUGAAUAUUGUGGGAAGCUGUCGGAUGUGUGUUGUGAGUUUGUAUUCUAGGAGAAUUGGUCCCUUGGAAGGGUCAGGGUUACAUAGAUUAUGGAUAGAUAUUGUUUACAAGCACUUGCUCUUAUGUCAUUUUUCAUUUUACAGAUGAGGUUUCUAUGAAAUAUUUUCAUGAAAUAAAUCAUUUAGUUCCAUGCAGCUGUGUACUAUUGUAAAACUGAGAAGUUAACAAGUGAAUCAAUUUCUAACCAUUACUGAGUGUUUUCAGCUCCCAAAAAUUUCCAAUUUCCUGUCUCUUCAACGAUCCACUUUUGCAACAUAGAGGCAACAAUUAUAUUUCCUAUGUCAAGUGAAAUGGACAUUUUAUUUUUUCUUCCUGGGUUGAAGUGUCAAGUGCAUUCCUCCUUUAGAGACGAAUAUAGUGAGAUAUGCACUUCCUGGUAGCUUCAAGCUUCAGGUGACAUAUGCUUUCAUUAUUGGAUGCAAAAUGUGACAUCCUGGUUCAAAGAUUGGUUGCUUUUGGCAGUCUUCUAUCUCUAGCAUAUCUUACAUUGUUUUUUUUUUUUUUUUGGUUGUUUUCUUGUUAGUGCACUUCUAUGUGUUGGUGGGGCUUUUUCUCUUUGCUUUUAAUCCUUCCUUUCCAGUCUAUCCAAAUGAUAAUGUACUUUAAAUGUUUGAGGUUGAGGCUGCCCAAAUUUAUUGAGGUUGGUCUGAGGUAAUGUGAUGCCUAAUGGGUGGUUUCAGUCCUUCAAGUUAUGUAUAUGCUUCCAACAUUGACUGCAAAAGGUUACAUCAUGGACCAAAGGUUGGUAGCUUUGAGCGUCUUUGGUCUCUAGCAUAUUAAACAUUGUUACUCUUCCUUUGUUUCUUCCUUGUUAGUGCAAUUCUGCAUGUUGGCAGGUUUUGUCUGAUCACUUCGUCAUCCUUUCUUUCUAGUCUAUCCAAAUGACAAUGCUCUUUAAAAGUUUGAGGUUGAGGUAUGCACUUCUUGCCCUUAAAUUGCUGAGUUUGAACUGACUUUAUCAAAUGAGAUGCCUGAUUGGCAGCUUCAAGCCUUCAAAUGAUAUACAAUUCUAGUACUUGCACCAAAGGUAACAUCACAGUUCAGUAAUUGGUUGCUUCUGGCACUCUUCUGUCUCUAGUAUAGCAUACAUUGUUAUUCUUCCUUGUUUCUGGCACUGUUUGUAAACUUCUGCAUGUUGGAUGGGCUUAUUUCUCUUUGCCAUGCUUUUUUCUAGUUCAUCCAAAUGAGAAAACCCUUUAAAUGUUUGAGGUUGAGGCAUGCUCUUCUUGUCAUUAAAUUAUUGAGGCUGAUCUGAAGUUUGUCCAAUUCCAACCCUGAUUGGCACCUUCAACCCCUCAGUUGAUAUAUGCUUCCAGCUUUGGCUGCAAAAGGUAACAUCUCAGUUUAAAAGUUGGUUGCCGUUGGCAGUCUUCACUCUCUAGCAUACUGUGCAUUGUUACACUUGGUUAUUUGCUUGUUAGUGCAGGUAAAGGCUUUUUCUGUAUGUUAAUGAUGCUCUUUUCUCUGACUUGCGCUUGCCAUCCCUUCUCUAUCCAAUAUGCAGUUUGCAUUUUAAUUUUUUUCUCAAUCUUUUAAAUAUAUAUUCUUGAAAUAUGGAGAUUUCAUUGUCUCAGCUAGUUCUCCUUACCAAGUAACACAUGAGAUAGGGCAAAGGACAUUUGAAUCAUUUGGAUUGAUUUUUGUUACUGAUUCAUUUGAAUUUUAAUUAACCAAUAUUUUUCAUACACAAUAUUUGUAUAUAGUACAUUUUGUUAUACAAUGUUUGAAAGGGACCAAAAUAAAUUAUGUUACUAUUUUUCAGUGAUUAUUUGGGGAAGCUGAAUAUUGUGAAACUUUGCAUCAUUGAAGGAUUGACAUUUAAUUACUUGCCAGAAAAGAAGCAGAACACAGCAACAAGGUUGGAUAGAAUGAAGAUAUACAUAGAGCCUUGCUGUAGCUUCAGAAUUCUACACGCGAACUUUACAAUGACUAGAGAGGUAAAAACUAACAAGGAGGGUCACUAUGCAUAAGCAGUGAGCGUGGAGGCUUGGCUGAAAAUGUAGUGAUAUGGCUCAGUUGAAUCUGCAGAGAAGAGGUUUUACUUAAUGCAAUGCAACAGAUAUUAACCUUUGUCCCAGCAACUCGGGGAACAUCAACCAUCUCUGUUUGCAUAGCCCAAUGCACAUACCAACUGAACUGAACUGACGGAUAUGAUAAUAUUCCCGAAGGCCAAACUAUACAACUAUGUGGCACAUGCGCUGAUGCAACUGUAUGCAUGAACUGUACUGAUUGGGGUCACAGAAUGAUUUAAGGUGUUUGUAACCCCAUUUGUAUAUAAUUGAUGUAAAUUGAACGCCGUAAGAGCAUUGCUGAACUUGUAUCAUUGUCUCCUUGAGCUACAGGCUUUAGCUCCUCAAUUAUUGCAAUAGAUGUCUUUGUUUCUUUGA